AUGGCCACAACGACAGCAACAGAUAAUGAAAGCACGAAACCGACCUACGUGGAAUCGUUUAUUCCUCCCGCGACACUGGAACGUUUGGAAGCGGGUGCGUUCGGUCAAUUGGUGAACCACUUGAAGGAUCGGUCGGAGCAAGUCCAGAAUAUCGAUCUCAUGACGAUUAGUGGAUUUUGUCGCAAUUGUUUGGCCAAAUGGAUUGUCGUGGAAGCCAGACGGUUGUCGCAGGAAUUGAAGCAGCAAGCGGAUAGUAGCACUAGUAGUAAUCAACAAGAAGAGCUGUGCCAAGCUCUGGAUGCGUUGGGAUACGACCAAGCCGCCGAGCACGUGUACGGAAUGGGAUAUGGAGAGUGGAAGAAGCGCUACGCUAAAAAGGCGACUGAUGAAAUCAUGGAAAAAUACAACCAUAGCAAAUCCAUUCAUGCGACUCAUGAUAAGGAACUAUUGGCGACCAAGGCACAAGCACCCACAGUGCCACUCAACAACAAUAGUCCUACUACCAAAACAACCCCACUACUGCUGGCCAAUGUCUGUUGUCAAGAUCCAGAAGAAGUAGCUAUUUCCAAAGAAAAACCUCCCCCAAAGACGUCUCGACAGGUCACACCACAAGUACCACCACCCCCCGCUGCAUCACUCAGCAUGAAAGUUGCCAUUUUGACUGUCAGUGAUCGCGCGGCUGCCGGUCAAUACGAAACGGGAGACUUGUCAGGACCUGCCGUGGCACAAGCGCUCGAAUCGGUCAUGACACAACUACAACUACAAUCUUCGUCAAAUAUCAAUAAACUGGAGUAUCAAGUGGUGGCCACCGAUAUCGUGGCCGAUGAUACGUCUCAAAUUCAAUCCAAAGUGAAGGAAUACGCUACUACUACAGCUGGCGCUGUCAUAGACUUGAUUUUAACCACGGGAGGAACGGGAUUUGCGCCGCGCGAUGUGACACCGGAAGCGACACGGACUAUUUUGGACCGCGAAUGUCACGGACUCAUGGCAUUUGUCACAAAUGAAUGUUCCCGACUCCAACCCAUGGCGUCCUUGUCGCGAGGUACGGCGGGAAUUCUGGGCAGAUCGUUGGUGGUCAAUCUACCUGGCAAUCCCCAGGGAGCGGCCGAAAUUUUACCCGUCUUGAUGCCAUUGGCGUGUCAUGCCAUUGUCGAUUUGCAAAAAGAGAGCAAAAACUGA